AUGAAUUCAGUUGUCAGCACCAUCUUCCUGGCUUUGCAAUAUGUGGUUCUCAUGCCAAUCACCCAUUUCAUACUACCGAUUUUCUUCUUCGUCAAGGCGGUCAUUACCCACACAUUGUUGAUUCCAUGCUUGCUCACAUUGCGUCUAGCCAUCUUUGGACUAGUAUACUUGCCGUUGACUCCAGUCCUCAACUUGGCCAAAGUGAACUAUGACUCGGAUGUACCUGUUGAGGUGUUCAUGUUCCGGUUAUUAAGGGACCUCUACCCCCACUUCCGCUUCUUCUUGAUCAACUUGCUCCAUUAUCUGAUGGUCAGUAUCUUUUUGGGAACAUUUGUGGGGAUUAUUGCUGGCCUCAACAUGUCGUUGGUCAGUCAUAUUCUUUCGCUUCCGGAGGGCAAGCCUAUGGCUGUCAAAAAUACUCAAACCACUCCGUACUUGAAUGCUCUUGAGCGCAGAAGUGCCCAGAUAAAGAAAGAGUUUGGGGACUUCAACAUCAGCCCUGUUAAAUUGGAGCCAAAAGAAGAGAAUAAUGCAUUGAGUUUGCAGGACCCAGAGGUCAAAAAGGAACCAGAGGGCAAAGAAAGAGAAGAUGGACCAAUCUUAAGCAACUCACCUGUAGUGAAGUUGGAAGAAGUGCUGACUGUACAUUUGAAACCGUUUGUCAGGUCUAGCGAUGCAGAAAUGUAUGAGGAUGACGAUGGUUAUAGUUACAUGACGUUUGAUAUCGAGGAAGAGCCUGACGCUCCGAUCUUUCCCCAGAUUGAGAAGGUGGAGACAAUCACUGAGGAAUCUGAUUCCGAGAUUGCUUCUGAAUCAGAAACGUACAUGGAUUCGGUAGCCCCGGUAGUGUCGACAGUCUCCACCUUGACAUCUACAUCAACUAAACAUUCUGCACCAGAGGAAGUAUCAGAGAUAGACACCCCAAGAGUGAAACCAAAGUGA